GCUCAGCGCUGGGGCAGCUCACUGGAGUUUGGUUCUCGAGGCGGCGGUGUUGGCGGCGGCGGCUCCUCCGUCGGCUCCUCCUCCUCCUCCUUGCUCGGCGGUGGCGGUGGCGGCGGCGGUGGUCCGGGGCCUGAGCUCCGGUCCCCUCCGCUUCCCUCCGUCUUCCGCCAUCUCCCCUAGCGCCCCGACCUCCUCCGGCGCCGCGGGGAACAUGCGGCUCCGUUCCCGGAGGCCGGCGAGUGACUGACCCGCGUCCCCCCGCCUCAGCCUGCCCGCCCGCCGGCCCGUCCGCUCCCCCCCGCUUGGCUCAGGCAAUGACAGCGGCUCCGGCGUCUCCGCAGCAGAUGAGGGACCGGCUGCUGCAGGCCAUCGACUCCCAGAGCAACAUCCGGAACAUGGUUGCAGUAUUGGAAGUGAUCUCCAGUCUGGAGAGAUACCCCAUCACCAAAGAGGCACUGGAGGAGACACGACUAGGGAAGCUCAUCAAUGAUGUCCGCAAGAAAACUAAGAACGAGGAGCUGGCCAAGCGGGCCAAGAGGCUUCUGCGGAGCUGGCAGAAACUCAUUGAACCCGUGCACCAGAAUGAGGUGGCACUACGGGCACUGGCAGGAGCUGCAGGCUCUGCCAACGGGGGUGCACACAACUGCCGGCCAGAGGUGGGAGUGGCCAGCACACCCAAGAGCAUCCAUGACCUGAAGAAUCGCAACGACAUCCAGAGGCUCCCUGGGCAGCGACUAGACAGACUGGGUAGCCGUAAGCGCAGGGGGGACCAGCGUGAUCUGGGCCACCCAGGGCCACCCUACAAAGUUUCCAAAUCUAGUCCUGACCCACUAGUCCCCAAUGCAUCCCCUCUCCCCACUAAUGGGAUCAGUGGGAGCCCAGAGAGCUUACCCAGCCCUCUGGAUGGUAGUGGGCACAUGGGCUCUGAUGGCAGCCGCCUGGAGCCCAGCGAGAACGAGAAGCACAGCACCAAGAUCCCUGUGAACGCCGUGCGGCCGCGCCCCAGCUCCCCUGGCCUGGGCAAGCCCCCCGUGCCCUGCCUGCAGACCAAGACUGCGCAGUUGCAGCAUUUGGACAGGGUGGAUGAGCCGCUAGGCCCUCCCCAUCCCAGGGGGGCCUCUCGCUGCUCUUUCAGCCCCCGGAACUCACGGCACGAAGGCUCCUUUGCCCGGCAGCGGAGCUCUUACACAACGAAAGGCCCCUUGUCCAGCCCCUCCUCACGCCCCCAACCACUGGACACCAUACAGGUGCCAUCCCCACUCCCACUGGCCCAGCCAUCCACGCCCCCUGUGCGGCGGAUGGAGCUGCAGUCCAGCGCUGAGAGCCCCGUACACUGGCCAGAGCAGCCCGAAGGCCACCCGCGGCUAACAGGGCCAUCCUGCAGGGUUGGGUUGUCGCCAGACUCUUCCAAGGCGGACAGUGAUGCUGCCUCCUCGGGUGGCUCGGACAGCAAAAAGAAAAAGAGGUACCGACCUCGAGACUACACGGUGAACUUAGAUGGACAGGUGCCUGAGGCAGGCGUCAAACCUGUGCGGUUAAAAGAGCGGAAGCUCACCUUUGACCCCAUGACGAGACAGAUCAAACCUCUGACCCAGAAAGAGCCGGUGCGGGCUGACAGCCCCGUACCCACAGAGCAGCCACCUAGGACAGAACUGGACCAGCAGGAGGCCAAAGCCAGUCUCCAGAGUCCUUUUGAGCAGACGAACUGGAAGGAGCUGUCGCGCAACGAGAUCAUCCAGUCCUACUUGAGCCGCCAGAGCAGCUUGUUGUCAUCGUCUGGUGCGCAGACCCCAGGCGCGCACCACUUUAUGGCAGAGUACCUGAAGCAGGAGGAGAGCAGUCGGCGAGGAGCCCGCCAGCCUCAUGUGCUGCUGCCACUGCCUAUGCCCACUGACCUCCCCGGGCUCACUCGGGAGGUCACACAGGACGAUCUGGACAGAAUCCAGGCCCAACAGUGGCCAGGGGUGAACGGGUGUGAGGACACACAGGGUAAUUGGUAUGACUGGACGCAGUGCAUAUCGCUCGACCCACAUGGCGACGAUGGGCGCUUGAACAUUCUGCCUUAUGUCUGCUUGGACUGAGCACUUGGCCUGGUCAUCAAGUGCAUUCUCACCUUGCAGGGGCUAGGCUGGCCAGCCGGGAGGGCGGGCAUGAGGCUCGCUCUCCACCCUCCUUUUGUGAAAUGCUGCUACCAGUUUACUAACGAUUACAAAGGAAGGGCCGCUCAGAGGGCAGACGGCAGAGGGAGUUCAGAACUCUAUAGCAAGCCAGCUAUAAAGCGUUAGUCCCCCCACCCCAGAAGAGGUGCGAAGUACCGAAGACGGGGACCUCAGUGGCAGGCAGGCACAGGAACCCUGUGGGCGAGGUUACCUUAACAGCAACAGACGCACAUCUCAUCUCUGCAUCUCCUGCUCUUUGGCUCUGGUGUCUCUGAGGUUCAGGCCACUUCUCCGGCCUCUGUCAAUCCAGUGUUUUCUUUCCUUCGUGUUGUGCGCUAGAAGCUUCUCUGCUGUGGUGAGCCCUGGCAUUGGGCGGGUGGGCCAGCUUCACCCACACUGCACAGAUGCCCACCCAUCUGUAUAUGGUUUCAGUUCAACCCCAGUUCUUAAAGAAAUGCUGCAGAAACUUCAGUUUUCUCAUUUAUUUCAUCCUUUUUUCCACCUGACCACCAGCCAAAUGACUUUUCCUUUCUUUUUUCCUCUUCAUAUCUCUAGAAAAUGCCAUCUUUCUAGAGCCCUCAACCCACAAAAUUCCCGAGGGUGCUACUGGCGUGAGUUGCCCUGCUGGGCGAGGGGAAUGCCGUCUGUUCGCUGGAAACACUCAUAACCAUUCCUUUAGAUUCGUUUGCCUUAUGGUUGUCAUAAACGCGAUUUGCAAAAACAAGGAGCCUUAGUGAAUGUACAGUACCUAGACUUCUGCGUCGGCGCAGAAGGGAGCAACUUUGCUAUUUGGUCCAGUAAGUGGACACCUUGUGAUAUAAAUGUGGAAAUAAAAAAAAAAAACAUUUGCACAAACCCGUUUUUGAGUCAUUUCUCAUUUUAUACUUGAUCUUUUUCUGGAGCCCACAGCCACAUCCAAUGUUCCCAGUCUUGGUGGUAUCCCAUUUUAACUUGCUUCUGUGGCAGCAGGCAGGCCCCUCCUACCUGCCUUUCAUUCAUUUGGGGUCAACCACAUCACCCACCCAGAGAAGCCCCCUUCUGCAGGCCGUGUAGCUGGUGACACCUUCUCUGCCCACCAGUACUUUGUGACAUGGCAAGGCCCUGAGCAGCGCUACGGCUGAGUGCAUUAGAACUAUCUAGUUUUCUCCUCUCCCAGAAAUCAAUAAGCCAUGAUUAGGUUUCCAGGUUCGUUUUCUUUUCACUGAGAUAGACAUCUGUUUAAUUUCAUAGAUGAGCAGACACAGUUACCCAUAAAACAGCUGCAUGGGGUCAAGUUCUAGAACAUUGCGAUUUUUAGGAUCACAGCCAACCCAUAAUCACAGGGGGUUUUUUUUGUUUGGUUUUUGUUUUGUUUUGUUUUUGAGAGCCAGUACGGAUUUACAAGGCUUGGUGCAGGAUGGUACCACUCCCAUUAAAGGCCCAUUUGAGGAGGUGGAACCCAGCUGUGUGGCCCUGGGCCUCUGGGCCAGUGUUCACUCGUGAGCGCAUGUUCCUGUUGUGAGAUGAGAAGGCCUUCACAAAGUUGCCAGGGCCAAAUCCAAUAGGAGAUAAAAGCAACCAAAACCCAGUUGGUGACGAAAGGCUGUGUACCCAGCUGGAGGGCAUUAGGGUACCUACAGAGGCUAGCGUCCUGUCACCGGCUUCUUGUCUCAGACCCGGGCUUUGAAACAAGCCCUUACUACUCGGAUCCCAAGGCGCAGGGACUGCCACACCUAUGUUGAGUAUACAGCAAGCCCCAGGGGGGGUACACAUGCGCUACCUCGGGAACAGGGAUGAGCUACAAACACACCCCCGACACUCAGGCAGCCGAGUUGGGCUGCCAUUUUCUAAACUGCUAAUAAAGACACUGUAAAGGAGAAAGUCGAGGUCGGUGAGGUGACUAAGCAGAUACACGGUUGCUGUGAAGGCAAAGAACAGGAGUUGGAUCUCCUGAACCCACCUGGUGGAAGGAGACAACAGACUCAAGUCCUCCUCUGACCCCACCCUCUCACACAUAUGAAUGAAUACAUUUUUAAGGGACCGGAACAACUCCCACAGCCACUUGAAAGCACACUAUCUUCGGAAUCGAGUUUUGUCGCUAGGAUGACUGUGCUGAAGUCUUGUCCUGCUUCGGGGCUCUCGCCAGCAGCUUCAGCCCGGCCGGAGGGCUCUGCAGACAAGUGUCGCAGGAAGCGCCCCGCCCUGGGUUGUCAGGGGAGGGUGACACCUACCGCACAGAUUCCGAGGAUCGGCGUCCUCCGGAUGCUCGGCUUCAGUCGGCUUCUUUUCUCCUGAAAGAUCUUUUAUUAAUCCGGUUCGGGCCCUAGGCAUCCCGCUUUCCCAGCCACAAGUGGGCGGG